AUGGUUAAAGCUUAUCUUCGUUAUGAGCCGCUUGCCACCUUUGGUGUUGUUGCUUCCAAUUCGUCCAAUAUUGUAUAUGACCAUACAGGAAAGAUAGCCAUUGCGCCUGCAUUGGAAGAAGUCAUCUUGUGGGAUCUUAAGAAGGGAAUCGAGGUUGGGCGAUGGAAAGAAUAUGGAAAUAAAUUUGAAGUCACUUGUAUUGCAAGAAGUCCUAACAACAAAGACUAUGCUGUUGGCUAUGGCGACGGUUCAAUUCGACUUUGGAAUAUUGAGGGCAACACUUCCUCAGUAACCUUAAGUGGUCAUCGUGGUGCUGUCACUGCGUUGGCUUUUGACAGUGAAGGAACCCGUUUAGCAUCAGGCUCCAGAGAUACAGAUUUAAUUAUUUGGGACAUCAUAGCCGAAUCCGGCUUAUACAGAUUGAAAGGACACAAAGAUCAGAUCACCUGCUUGACCUUUUUGAAUCCCAAAGAGGUGGCCGAUGCUGAAGAUACUGAAGUUGGUGUUUCCAGUGAGGGUUAUGUUCUCUCUGCUUCAAAAGAUACCCUCAUUAAAUUAUGGGAUCUAUCAGCACAAUAUUGUCGAGAAACACUAGUCGGCCAUCGUAGUGAAGUAUGGUCUUUUGCAGUCUCCAAUGAUCAGACAGUCAUUCUUUCAGGUGGAGCAGAAAAUCAUAUAAAAGCAUGGAAGAUUGAUUGGAAAAUUCUAGGCUUAUCAUUAGAAGCGCUUGGUGAACAAGAAAAACAGCAAGAAGAGAAAGCAAAAGAAAAAGAUAACAUGGAUGUCGAUAGUGAUAUACCAACAAAAGUAACACCUGUACCUGCUACAUUGCAGAAAGCCAUUAAUAUAUAUGGCGAAAUACCUCGUCAAUCUCGCGAUCGUAUAGUUACAAUUCACUUCCACCCUUCAGGAAAAUUUGUCGGUGCACAAGCCAAUGAUAAAUCAGUGGAAAUCUACAGAGUACGAGAUCACGAAACUAUCCGUAAAAAGAUUCAACGAAGAAAGAAAAGAGCGAAAGAGAAAGGAAAAGAUGAAUCUACAGUGAGUAGCGAAAUCGAAGCACAUGAUGAAUAUACAACUGAAUGCAUUGUCAGAACUCCUGCCAAAGUACGCAGUUUUGAUUUUGCACCUAUAGCGGAUGUAGAUAAGGCUGGACAGAUAUCACUUGUAGCCUCACUAUCCAAUAAUACGAUAGAAGCAUAUACUGUGCCGGUCACGCAUGAGAAGAAAAUAGCAGAAGAAACUCAAGGAUUCAAUAAAUUAUAUACAGUAGACAUGCCUGGACAUCGAUCCGAUAUUCGUACUUUGACACUCAGUUCUGAUGAUGAAUUAUUAGCAUCUGCAUCCAGUAAUUUAUUGAAGGUGUGGAAUUUGAAGACGAGAGUUUGUAUCCGAUCCAUUGAAUGUGGAUUUGCGCUUUGCAGCGCAUUUUUACCUGGCAACAAACAUAUUUUAAUUGGUACAAAGACCGGUGAAUUAGAACUCUAUGAUAUUGGCUCAUCGUCAUUGAUAGAAUCCAUGAAAGCUCAUGAUGGCGCUAUCUAUUCUUUGCAAGUACGACCAGAUAAACGUGGCUUUGUCACCGGUAGUGCAGACAAGGAUGUCAAAUUUUGGGAUUUCGAUAUGGUACAACAGAAGAAUACUGCUGUCAAGCGAAUAACCUUUAUUCAUAUGAGAACAUUGAAAAUGUCAGACGAGGUUUUAUGUGUUCGCUAUAGCCCUGAUCAGAAUCUGUUGGCGGUAUCACUAUUGGAUUCUACUGUCAAGGUUUUCUAUCACGACACACUCAAGUUCUUCCUCUCUUUAUACGGUCACAAAUUACCUGUGCUUUCCAUGGAUAUUUCUUCCGAUAAUACCCUCAUUGCUACCUGCUCAGCUGAUAAAAAUGUCAAACUAUGGGGUUUGGAUUUCGGUGACUGUCACAAAUCUCUAUUUGCGCAUCAAGAAAGUGUUAUGUCUGUCCAAUUCGUUUGGGGUACCCACUAUUUCUUUACUGUCAGUAAGGAUAAGACCGUGAAAUAUUGGGAUGGCGAUAAAUUUGAAAAUAUAAUGAAAUUAGAAGGUCAUCACGGUGAAGUCUGGGCUCUAGCCGUCGCCAAACAUGGUACUUAUGUUAUUACAGGUUCACAUGAUCGGUCAAUACGUAUUUGGGAGAAGACAGACGAACAGCUUUUCUUGGAAGAAGAGCGUGAAAAAGAAUUAGAGGAAAUGUAUGAAAAUACUCUAGUGAGCCAAUUAGAACGAACAGAUGUGAAUGGAGAUGAUAUGGAAGUUGAUACGGCUGGUAAACAAACAAUGGAAACCUUAAAAGCAGGUGAACGAUUAAUAGAAGCUAUGGAUAUUGCGGACGAAGAAAAGAAUGGCUGGAAAGCAUAUGAAGAAGCAAAAGCUCGUGGUUUGCCAGCGGAUCCACCUCAGCGACAUGCCAUUUUAAGAGCUAUGGAUCUGGAGCCUGAUCGAUAUGUGUUGGAUGUGUUGAAGAAAAUCAAAGCAAAUGAUUUGGAAGAGGCUUUAUUGAUUCUUCCCUUCGCAAAGGUUAUGUCAUUAUUCUCAUAUAUCGAAACAUGGGCCAAAAAGAACUGGAGUAUUGUACUGGUAUCUCGAGUGCUUUUUGCUUUAGUAAAAACACAUCAUAACCAGAUCGUCGCAAACAGGAUGAUGCGACCCAUGCUGGACUCUAUUCGUUUUCAUCUGCGUAACCAAUUGCAACGGCAAAAGGAUGUGAUGGGUUAUAAUAGAGCAGCCCUCGAAUAUAUCCAACGUGACUACAAGGCCAGGAAUACAUCAGCGUUCCUUGAUGGAGAUGUAGAUAAACCUGUUGAUGACGAAAAGAAACGAAAAUUUGUACAGCUUACUUCAUAA